AACAUGGGCCUCCUCUGGUCUGAGGAGAGUCAGGAAGGCCUUGGGGUAGCCCCAGGGCAGGGGGUGUAGGGAGAAGGCCCUAGCCCUUCAAAAUCCCCAAUGGACUCUGAACAGGCCUCCGGCAGGUUCCCCAUCAGAGCACAGCUGCAGGACCGCUCUGCUGGGGACUCCUGGCCUGGGGCCCUAGGAGGGCAGAAUGAUUGCUACCCACCUGCCCCCUGCUGGUCACCUGCCCGCCACCCAGCACCUCCCCAUCCUUGCUGUCCCUUUCCUGUCUAGCUGGUUUAACUGCCUAGUCCACCUUAGUCCACCCUGGCCACACCCAGGAAGGCCCCUCCCGGUCCUCUCUCCAGCCUCAUGGUUUCAGAGUCUCCACCCAGACAUGCCUGGCUGUCUAUCACGACUAGGUCCUAGGGUCCUCAGCCCUUACUGGGGCUGGAUCUUGGCCCCCAGGGACCUGUCUAGGUCCUCCUGCCCCCCUCUCCAGGGCCGCCAGACUCCUCCAUGUCUCUCUCUGAUGCCCCAGACUGGACUAAGAAGACACACUGUCCGGUCCCAGAUCUCCUCGUGCCCCUCUAUCUGCCCUUCCACUCUCUGCAUCUCUGCUGUCCCAUCCUAGAGGGUGAAGGGUCACUCCCUUGAGCUGUCACAGACCCCUCAUUCCAGCACUUUGUCUUUUCAAGCUGGCCCCUCUUGAGUCACUACCCUGUCGAUGUACUUCCUCUUCGUCCCCUCCACACCCAGCAGGAGCUAUCUACACCCGAGGGGCAUGCCCCUUGCUCAAGCCCCUCACAUGUAGGUCUUCCUCCCACCAUGGCUGACCUCCGUGGUCAUGCAGAGGACUUCCUCUGUCUCCUUUAUGCUGACUUCUCCGGGCUUCUCCCUCCUUGCUGAACACCGUCUUCUCCCUUCCCCACCCCUCCUCUCUCUCCUCAUGCCCCUUGGGCCCUCAGGACUCCUCCCGGGCCCUCAUCCACCCACACAUCCUCUUUGGGCUGUGUUGCCCUCAAGUUGUCCCACAUAGGGAUCCGGUGGCCUCUGUGUGCCCCCCCCCGACAUCUCCUGGGCAUUAGGAGGGUGUGUGAGCUGGUGGCUCUAGAUGCAGACUGUCUCUGGCACCCAGGUGGGCGAACUUAGGCAAUUUUUAAACUUCUCUGUGCCUUGAUUUUCUCUUCCAUAAAAAGGCAGCUAUUAAGCCGCACGUUGUAAGGAUUAGCUAAGGCUUCUAAAGUGCUCAAUACAUGUUUAAAUGUUGCAGUGUCUAAUUCCCAAGUCUGACCUCAGCAUCCUCUCCCUGAAAGUGCUCCUUAUCCAUUCCUCCGUCUCAAGGACCCUGCCAUCAUUACCCAGGCCAGGGUCCUGGGCCUUGUCCUGAAUGGUCUCUCUCAUUUCCCUCAAACCAGUCAGUCCCACAGCCUGGCCUCCUGGCCUCCUGAGUACAUCUGCCAGCCUCCUGUCCAGCACCCCAACCUUUCCCACCUGGGCCCUGCUCCAGGCUCAGGGCCUCCACUCUUGCUCUCUCCAACCCACCCUUCUUCACACAGUAGCUGUCUGUCAUUCAAGUCGGUCUGUGCCCUCCCUUGCUCAAAACCCUUCGGUGGCUCCCCAGUGCCCUCAGAAUGAAUUCAAACUCCUUAGCCUGGCAUUCAAAACCUUUGAUAACUUGGCACUGCCUCAGCCACGCCUCCCCCAUGGCAGGUGUUUUCUGAACACAGACACACACACACACACACACACACACAUCUAGCUCAGGAACCUUGCUAUUCCUCUCUGGUUAGGAAUGUCCCAUUCCCCUGUGCCUGGAGUCCAGGAUCAGACCCCUCUCAAUUGCCCCUUUACCUGUCCAGCCUCUCCAGGGCCCCACCCCUGGGUGGGGGAGGGGCCUCAACCUGCCACCUCACCCCCCAUUCCAGCCGGGGGCUCAGGUCUCCAACAACAGAACCAAGCCACUCAGCAACGCUGGAAACCAUUUCAGGAGGCCUGGGGCCCCUGGUCCCAAGCCAGGAGGGCUUUAGGGGAGAGACACAGCCCCUGGCAGACUCAUCUUGUAGCUCAGGGGGCUGAGGGUGUCAGGGAGGCAGGCACAAGUGCGGUUCUCUUUCCCCUUUCCUGUACUGGGGGUUCUCAGGGCCGGCAGUGGGGCAGGAGGCCUUGGAGGCAGAGCCUGUGGGGUGGGGGUGGCCGCAGGACAGUGUCUGGUGGCAGGGACACCAUGGCCACCAUCCAGUCGGAGACUGACUGCUACGACGUCAUUGAAGUGCUGGGCAAGGGCACCUUCGGGGAGGUGGCCAAGGGCUGGCGGCGAAGCACGGGCGAGAUGGUGGCCAUCAAGAUCCUCAAGAAUGACGCCUACCGCAACCGUAUCAUCAAGAAUGAGCUGAAGCUGCUGCACUGCAUGAGGGGCCUGGAUCCCGAGGAGGCCCAUGUCGUCCGCUUCCUUGAGUUCUUCCAUGACGCUCUCAGGUUCUACCUGGUCUUCGAGCUGCUGGAGCAAAACCUUUUUGAAUUCCAGAAGGAGAACAACUUUGCACCCCUCCCUGCCCGUCACAUCCGCACGGUCACCCUGCAGGUGCUCAGAGCCCUGACCCGGUUCAAGGAACUGGCAAUCAUCCACGCUGAUCUCAAACCUGAGAACAUCAUGCUGGUAGACCAGACCCGCUGCCCCUUCAGGGUCAAGGUGAUUGACUUCGGCUCAGCCAGCAUCUUCAGUGAGGUGCGCCAUGUGAAGGAGCCAUACAUCCAGUCGCGUUUCUACCGGGCCCCCGAGAUUCUUCUGGGGCUGCCCUUCUGUGAGAAGAUAGAUGUGUGGUCCCUGGGCUGCAUCAUGGCUGAGCUGCACCUGGGCUGGCCCCUCUACCCAGGCAACAGCGAGUAUGACCAGGUGCGCUACAUCUGUGAGACGCAGGGCCUGCCGAAGCCUCACCUGCUGCAUAACGCCCCCAAGGCCCUCCACUUUUUCAAGUGCAAUCCCUACCCUGAUGCCACGAACCCCUGGCAGCUCAAGUCCUCAGCCGACUACCUGGCCGAGACCAAGGUGCCCCCACUGGAGCGCCGCAAGUACAUGCUCAAGUCACUGGACCAGAUUGAGACAGUGAACAGUGGCAGGGUAGCCACUCGGCUCUCCUUCCCAGACCGCGAGGCACUGGCAGAGCACGCCGACCUCAAGAGCAUGGUGGAGCUGAUCAAGCGCAUGCUGACCUGGGAGUCCCACGAGCGCAUCAGCCCCAGCGCAGCCCUGUGCCACCCCUUCGUGUCCAUGCAGCAGCUGCGCAGUGCCCACAAGACCACCCACUACUACCAGCUCUCGCUGCGUGGCUGCCACCUCUCACUGCAGGUGGAGGGCAAGCCACCCAUGCCUGUUGUGGCCGCUGCCGAUGAAGGGCCCCCCUACUACUGUCUGGCUGAGGAGGAGAAGGCCACAGGCAUGGGCAGUGUGCCUUUCUUCCACGAGAAGGUCCUGAGCAUGGAAAGGGCCAUUGAUCAGCUGGAUGGCCUGAGUCUGGAGGAGGCGAGCUGCAGGCCAUGGGGAGAGACCUGCACUGACGUCCCCAACAUGCUGGCCCCGCUCAAGGCAGCUGCUGCUGCGUGCCAGGGGCCUGACACAGGCCCUGAGCCCAUAAUGGCCUUUUAUGGCAGGCGCCUGGGUGGCUGCCACAAGGCCCGCAAGCCACGUGCAAGCUCCAAGUCUGACUCCAACUUCAGCAACCUCAUCCGGCUGAGCCAGGCCUCCCCUGAAGACGACGGGCCCUGCCAGGGCAGCAGCUGGGCAGAAGGCAAGCACCAUGGGGCCUCUGCCGAGCUGCCCACCACCCCACAGCAGGACAGGGAUGGGCUGGACGUCAAGGAUAUGACCAUGGAUGCUGAGGGGCCAGGCCCUAAGCUCUUCAACCACAGCAGCUGUCCUGGGGAAUGGCUGAGUGAGCCGGACUGGAUCUUGGAGGGCAUCAGGGGGCCACAGGCCCAGGGGCUCCAGCCCUGCCAUACCCUUCCGCAUGGCCCACCCCAGGCCACCAGCUUUCUAUAGCAUGUUGGUGGGCACUGGUGACCCCACCCCAGCCCAUCACUGCAGGCUGAGCCAGCUGGGAUGGCAUCCCCUCUUCAGAGCCAUCCUCUGAACCCACAAAUUAUUCUUACAGAUAAUUAUUCAGAAAUUCUCCACUCCCCCUGCCCAUGCCUGCACCUCCCCACCGCCAUAAACACAGGAGGGCCUUGGGGUCUGGCCCAUGGCCUCCUCAGCCAAAGGGACACAGGAAGGGGGAUGGCUGCUCCCCGCUGGCCCUGAGCACACCUUCCACCCUUGCUGCUUCCGCCCAUUUCAAUAAAGACUGUCCGGCA